AUGGCGGGCGUAUUCGAUAUUGAAUUAGAUGGGAACGAACCACAUCGAUAUGGUGAUGGCGGCGUAAUGCAAGAAGAAAUGGAAGAUGAUCAAAUGUACAGUAAUGUGGCUGAUGGUGUAAUAUCCGCUCCGCCGCCAAGUUCCUCAUACAUUCAAGAUCCGAUGGUUGAAGCCAUUGAUUUGUCAUGUAUAGCCGUCAACCAAGGCGUUCGAGUUGGCCCAAAAGACUUUGAAUUGCUCAAAGUUCUAGGAAAAGGUGGAUAUGGCAAACCUCCGUUGCAUCUCGCCGAUGCGCUGGACAAGUACAUGGCACCGGAGAUUUUGAUGCGAUGUGGUCAUGGGAAAGCAGUUGAUUGGUGGAGUUUGGGAGCGCUCAUGUUCGAUAUGUUGACUGGAGGACCUCCGUUCACUGCGGAGAACAGAAAGAAAACUAUUGACAAAAUUCUUAAGGGAAGACUCACUUUACCAGCAUACCUAUCUGUAGAGGCACGUGAUCUAAUCAAAAGGUUGCUGAAGAGGCACGUUGAGACGAGGCUUGGAGCAGGACCUGAAGAUGCAGAAGAGAUCAAGCAGCAUCCUUUUUUCCGUCACCUCAACUGGAAUCUCGUGUUUGCUCGUGAGCUGGAACCUCCAUUCAAGCCGGAAAUGAAGAGUGAGGAAGAUGCGUCAUUGUUUGACACUCGAUUCACAAAAAUGACACCUGUGGAUUCUCCUUGCGAUUCAACAUUCAGUUUCACCGGAGAUAAUCCAUUUGUUGGUUUCACAUACGUUGCGCCAUCGGUUCUAGAAGCUAUGAAUCAACCGGAUCCUCCUUUGGUGACUCGCGCUCGUUCACCUCGCAAGCCUCACUAUUUCACCGGAGAUAAUCCAUUUGUUGGUUUCACAUACGUUGCGCCAUCGGUUCUGGAAGCUAUGAAUCAACCGGAUCCUCCUUUGGUGACUCGCGCUCGUUCACCUCGCAAGCCUCACUAUUUGGAUCAAGGCCAUAUGCACGGUAAUCAUUCUAACCACGGAGCAUCACAUCUACUAACAAGCGGAAGUCCGUCAGUGUUGCCAUCACGUGUAGACGAUGCCAUGGACACCUCGACUACACCGCGUGCGUCUGAAUCACGCGGGAAUCACCUGCUGCCAUGA